AUGGGCCACAAAAUAGACAUUUUUUUAUACAUUUGCAAAACAGAGAAAGAAGCAAAGGUUAAGAAACAUGUCGUAAAGCGACUGAUCCCGACGAGAAGAAAAUUCAAAAGGGGGGUAGUGGUCAAGUACGUUUUGCACAAUUGUAAAACGAAAAAGAAUUUAGUAAAAAAGAAAUGGAACAUAUGUUACAUGCUAAAUAAGACCAAGGAUAAACACAAAGGGGUGAAUAAGGGGGAGCAGCUUGAAAGAAGACAGCUCGAUAAAGCUAUUGUUCAACGUGGCGAUGUUACGGAUGAACAUAGGGCUGAAAAUUCAUCUCAAAAUGUUUCGCACCAAUAUGUACGUCGAAAAAGUUGUUGUGCUAAAAAUUCGGGUACUUAUAAAAUACUUCUGAAAAGAAUACUCCGUAAUGUGAAAAAUGGCCAGAGCACGACGAUUAUAAAUGCAGGGGUAGACACGAAGAAGAGGGAGAAAAAUGUCUUUUUCUAUGGACACUUGUAUAGGAGAUACCUAAGGGACAGCGGAAAUGUGUUGGAAAAGGAGGAAGCGCCCAGUGGUGUUAAUAGCGAAAAAUGUGAAGUAACAGAAUCGGACGGAGAAGUAAAGAAGAAGAAGGAAUCGCACAAAGGUUGCCAUGACCCAUGUUGUUACAGGAAGAGAAGACGGAAGGACUACAUUCAAAGCGCCAAUUUUGAGGAAUGCUUAAAACAAAAAAAAGGACUCAUUUUGGAUAUAUACGAUUGUAUUGUUAGCACUAACAGUGAACAAGAUAUGAAAAUAUCAAUUUCUUCAUGGUCUUACAAAAACUGUAAAAUAAUCGAUAUGCUAAAAAAAAGAUUUAGUGAGGAUAAAAAUUGCACAAGUGGAAGGAAAGGGGGUAGGAACACUCCCCCUUUUUGCCACAGAUGCUUUAUAAAAAAAUCUUUUGACAACCCCAAUUUUGGGAAUCCCCAAUGCUGCAAGGAAUUGCCCAUAAAAAGGCGCAUAAAAAAUAUGGAACAAUUAGCCAUAUGCCUUAAACGUAUAAUAAAGAGGUGCAGAAAAUUUUUUGUUCAGUCAAAGAAGGGAAUCACUAAUGUGUGCUUUGUUUUUAAAUACAUAAUUAGAAUAGACGGCGGUGACAGUUGUGUGUACUUAGUUAAUUUUCCCCUUUGCAAUGUUCAGAAGGAUAAAAUUUUCCACAACAUUAAUAAUGAGAAGUCUCUUCUAUUUUUGUUCAAUAAAAAGAUUUUAAAAUCGGUGAGAGAUGUUAAUGAUUACUCCAGUUUUGUGUUUCCCUUUAAUAACGCGCAGGGGUGUCAGAGGGCCCUCAAAUUGAAGAAGAAAAUGGUUCAUUUUGUGAGUCAUAGAGAAUGGGUGCGAGGUGUAAAGAGAGCCGACAUUACGAUUGGAAGAAAACAGGGUGAGACCCCAUCGGAAGAUAAGCAAGGAAGUCUAAUUGGCGAAAGCCCAACCCAAGUGUGCCACCAGCGUGGGAGUACUACUACUACUAUUGCGACUAGUACUACCCCCCCAGUGCAUGGAACCCCAAAAGAGGACGAGCUGUCUGAGAAAAGUUGCACCAAGGAAGAAAGAGAAGCCACAGGGGUAAUAACUCCUUUUAGGAAGCAUAAAAAAAAGGACAUCAUUUUCCACAUGCAUCUUUUCGAAUUGUUCAUUAGACUUAUAUUUGAAAAUACGAAAACUUAUUUUACCUUUUUCAUCACCGAGUUGACACACGAUCAAGAAUUCUAUAAAAAUGUGUACUACUUGAAUUUGAGCAAAAUUGUUAACGUGAGCAUAAAGCAAAGAGGAAAGAAAAACACAGCACAAGGGAGAGACACGAGCAGUAAGCUAUACAAUCUGAUGAAACAGAACGACGAGUGCAAACAUAUGAUAAGCGAAAGAGACAACACUAUACGGAUGUUACAAAAUGAGCUAAUAGAAAAAAAAAACGAAGUGUCUGAGCUGGAGAAUCAACUCUCAAAGUACAAAGACGAUCAUUUGGAUAAGCUAAAAGUGAUAGAAAAUUUGAAGAGCAAAAUAUCAAAAAGGGAGAGUACCAACCAGAAAGAAAAUAAUGCAAAUGAGCAAAUGGUAAAAAAUGCUAAUUAUAUAAAAAAACUGUACAAUGAAAAUAAUUUAUUAAAAGAAAAAAUUAAAAAAUUGAAUGAGUCGUUUAGGAAACACGGGGUAUCAUCUUCACAUUCGAUUGGAAAAUUUGGUGACUCUAAGGAGAGUGGCAUGACCAACCUGCUGGCACAUAACGAGAGCAUAAGGGAAAAGGAGGAGAAAAAUGAAAAGUUAAAUUUUUUUUUGAAGGCCUUUUUAGACACUGAGCAGAAGUUAUACACAGCCGACGUUCUCAUAAACACCCAGAAGGAGAUCAUUGCAAAAAUUAAAAAUGAGAAAAACAGCUAUUUUGAGGAAAUUGAACGGAAAAAAUUUCUUUUUAAACGGGAAGUGGAAAGAUCACUAGAUUUUAUACACUCCAUUUGUGAAGACAUAAAAACGAAGAAGGAGAAAAUUUGUCUGGCGAACAGGAUUAACAAGCUGCACGAUUGCAUAAAUGUAAAUGGCAAAGAGUGA